CCCCCCCCCCCCCCCCCCCGUGGAGAUGGAGCCCCAGGGGCUGCCCAGAGCAGAGGGGGAUUAUGAGAUGUUGGGUCUGCUGGUGCCCAGCCCCCAGAGUGAGGCGGUCACCCAUGAGCUGGAGGAGCUGACCCUACAGCCCAGCAACAACCUGCCCCCCCUCAACGAACGCAAGAACGUCCUUCAGCUGAGGCUACAGCAGAGACGCACCCGUGAGCAGCUGGUAGACCAGGGCAUCAUGCCUCCUCUAAAGAGCCCAGCGGCAUUUCAUGAGCAGAUACGCAGCCUGGAGAGAGCCAGGACUGAAAACUUCCUGAAACACAAGAUCCGCAGCCGACCAGAGAGAUCUGAACUGGUCAGAAUGCACAUCCUUAAGGAGACUGGGGCAGAGCCCUCCCUGCAGGCCACCCAGAUGAAGCUGAAGAGGGCCAGGCUGGCUGACGACCUGAAUGAGAAGCUGGCCCAGCGCCCCGGCCCCAUGGAACUGGUAGAAAAGAACAUUCUGCCUGUAGAACCCAGCGUCAAGGAGGCCAUCAUUGUAAACUACCCCAAAGCGCUGGACACGUACGGGUUUGAUGAGGACAGCGGGGACGCCCUGUCUCCAGAGCAGCCGGCCAGCCAUGAGUCCAAGGCCUCCACACCCUCCCCUGGGGAACCUCGGGCCCUAGAGGCCCCCUGCCCACCACCGCUGCCCACAAUCACCAACAACCACACAAUCCUACAGCCCUUUCCUGUUGUCACCCAGGCAACGGCAGACUUCCUCAAAGCUCUCUCCACCCAAGAGCUGCCAGUCAGUCGCCCAGCACCCGCGUCUCAGCCUAUCAUCACUGUCGUUCCUUCAAAGCCUGGGCCCACCCUAGUGAAACAGAGCCAGCCCAAACAGCCGGGAGAGAGGAAUCGCAGUAAGAAGGGCAAGGACCCAAAGCCCCGGGUCAAGAAGUUAAAGUACCACCAGUAUGUCCCCCCAGACCAGAAACAGGAGGCCAGCGAUGCCCCCAUGGACUCAUCCUACGCCAAGAUCCUCCACCAGCAGCAACUCUUCCUCCAGCUGCAGAUCCUCAACCAACAGCAGCAGCAGCACUACAACUACCACACCAUCCUCCCAGCACCCUUAAAACCUGUAGCUGAGGGUCAGAACAGCGGUGUGAGCUGCCUGCCAACCUCUAUAGUGCUGUCCCUGCCUCCUGCCCCCCAUGUCACUGUCCCUCCUCCCACCCCUGUCCGUCCCAACAACAGCCUAUCCAACCGCAAGCCUGGCCACCUGCCUCCUAACCUGGAGGACAUGAAGGUGGCCGAGUUGAAACUGGAGCUGAAAUUGCGAAGCCUCCCUGUCUCAGGGACCAAGACUGAUCUCAUCGAGAGGCUGAAGCCCUACCAGGAGAGUCCCAGCACCCCGGCCCCUACCACAGUCCCAAACCCUGGCCCUAAAACCCUCCCCUCAGUUCCCAUAGAGGUUGGCUCAUCCCCUGCACUUCUACCUGCCCACCAGGUGGCACCAGAGAUCAUGAGCGCCACAGCCCCAGUGUCCCCAAUCCCCACAGACCUCGCCACCUUCAGAGAUGACGGAGGGAUGCCCAGGGUAUCCAAGCUCCUUUGCGACCCCCAGGGGGUGAGCCUCUGUCGGACAGGCGCGGGAAUGUCCCACCUUGGGCUGGGUGUUGUCCCGGAGGAGAAGGACCGGCGGCUCCAUGAGAAGGAACGUCAGAUCGAGGAGCUGAUGAGGAAGCUGGAGCAGGAGCAGAUGCUGGUGGAGGAGCUCAAGAUGCAGCUGGGGGUGGAGAAGACCCAGCCCCUCCAGGGACCCUCAGACCCCGUCCCCAUGAUCCAGACCUUCAACGCAGUCAAAAUGGAAGGCAGGGUCCUUCCUAACUGCUCAGCCAUGAUUAACUCAACCCUGGCCCCCCAGACUCUCCCCACUGUGAAGGUAGAGGAUGUCAUUUGUAACUCCAGACCCCAUUCCCAGCCCAAUCCGGCACCCAGUCUGCCCCAGUUUUUCAUCAGCCACCAGGGGAGAGUGUCCCAGGUUCUAGGCCAGCCUGUUUCCCAGACCCUACUCACGGCCCAGGAUGGCUCUACUCAGAUCCUCCUUCCUGUUCUCCAGGCUACGUUGUCAAAUCAGGCCCCAGGUCUGAUGCAAGCCUCCAUCUCCCAGCUGCAUACCACCAAGAUGGAGACAGCCUCCACUCAGCAGAUAACUAAUCACAACCACAUUUUGCAGACUGUUACAGUUUGUAACGGCUCUGGGAUGGUGGAGAACCAGACUAUGCCCGACAUGCCUCCCCAGUGUUUCCUGAGCAGCUCCCCAGAUAACAGGCUCUCUCCCCGUGGGGCUUCACCCAGCCACAACCUUUCCAAUGGGCCUGUUAACAAGUCCCCUUCUCCAUCCCAGCCCACCUUCAUCCUCCACCCCUCCUCCCUCGUUGCCCAGCCCCCCAAGACCAGGGAGCCCCCUCGCUACGAGGAUGCAGUUAAACAGACCCGCAACCUGCAGCAGGCCAACAACCUCACACAGGUUUCCACGGCAACCAGCCAGCAGAUGGACGACCUGUUUGACAUCCUGAUUCAGAGUGGAGAGAUCACUCCAUUCAUCCAGCAGGACCUGCCUUCUCUAAGCAAUAAGACUGUCCCUGUCACAGCCAACAUCACUACCCUCCCUGUCAACACCGCCCUGUUCAGAACCCCUCCACAGAUCCAGGUUGCUCCCCCUCCCACCCCUCCCUUCAACCCCCUGCCCCUCCCCAGCCUGGCCUCCGACAACCAGCUGGAGGCCUUCCUGGAGGGGACUCUGAACAACCCAUCCCCAACCACGGAUCCCCGCACCCUGGGUCUGAUCGAGGAGUUGCAGUCCCAGCUCCUGGAUCAACCCUACUCCCCAAUGGACACCUCAGAGCUGUCCUUCUGCGACUCCACGUCUCCCCCUUCCUCCCUCAACAUGGGCUUGUCCGACACAGUCCUGGACAACAUGGAGUGGCUGGAUCUAACCAUGCCGUCCGACCCCGCGGGGGGGCUCACACCCCUGGGGAUUCCUUCAGACUUCCUGGAUACACACGACCUGCAGCUGCACUGGGACUGAGGGAGAAGGGGAUAGAUGGAGUGAGGAAGGAAGAGGAGGAGUGGUGUAGGGAUAGAGGGACUCAAUGUAACAUGCAGACUUGGUAAGUGAGGUUAGUCCUCCUUGUGUAUUUAAAACAUAAAAAAUGUUAUGCCAUAUAAUAAGAUUAACCAGCUGGUGAUCAGGGCAGUGGAUGUUUAAUAGGAGUACUGGGACCAGAGCCAAAUGAACAAGGAGGCAGACGGUAUGUAAAUAUCCUGUAAAUGUUAGCUGUUCCCUCAGCCCUGCUGGAGUUUUUUUAUUGAAUUGGGCAAAGCUUUCACUAUACGACACCUGGCAGUCAGCCUUACGCUGUACAGCUUUCCUUGCGGUGAACACGUGGAUGUGUUAACUUAGCAUGCGUUUCACAUUGCUCAUGCUACAGGGUCUGGAUCUACAGUCAUUGCUCUGUGGAAGCAUGCUGCUGUGCCAUACAGUCAGUCUGAGAAUGUGGUUUGUUUAUUACAGAUCUGCUGUGCACAAGCCACGACAAACCGCAUAACUGACCCAAGUAAAACUGACAAGAGUACAAGGCUGUUUUACUUGUCUUUUUUUUUUUGCGACAUACCUAUAUUUGGUAUUGCAACAUACCUAUAUUUGGUAUUGCGACAUAGCUACAUAUUGUUUUGGAUGAGACUGUUUUUCCUGAACAAAACAGAUGCUAUGGUCAGUUGAACUAUUUAAGCAACUGAACUGACACUGAGAACAAAGACUCACUCCUAUUGGAUGAGGAGGAGUGGACUCCUCCCACUCUGAGCUAUGCACUAAGGAGGCGGGCCUUACACCUGCACCUCACACAAGGAAAUCUGAAUCCCAGAUAAAGAUUUUAAUGAACCGUUUAUUGAAAAAUAUGUCGAUCCACGUGUUUGUUAUCUUUGUGUACUUUCAAUUCAAGGAUUCCAAGUUGAUCCGUCUGAAAGAAAGUGGAGACUACAUUGUUGGCAGCUUUAUCUUCUGAAAGACAACUGACGUAUCAGUGGCAAGGGAACAAUUAUGCUAUCACACAGGUACACUACAUGGAGGUUAAUGUGUAUAUACUUACUGUAUGCUAGCCUGGUCCCAAGGCUGUUUGUGCUCUUGCCAACUCCAUUGCUUAUUGCCAAGCAUGUUUGACAUGACAAUGAGUGACAAGAAGUUGGCAUGAUAGUCUGAGUGCCAGUUGUUUUGUAUGCUACAAGUGUUUGUGACCUGUUUUAAUGUGGCUGCAUGACCUCUGGCAGAAAGAGGUGCUAUACUGUAAUCUUCUCUGUCUGUCCUGAAAUCUGUCUGUCAAAUCUCUGUAUUUGUCUCGGUCUCUCAGCAUUUGUCUCAGUCUCUCACUGUGUGUCUGGUUCUGUCUGAGAAAUGAUGCAUGAUGUCUCUGUCUGCAUGUGUGUCUGUGUGUGCCCUUUCUGUGUGUCUGUGUGUGCCCUUUCUGUGUGUGCCCGUUCUGUGUGUCUGUGUGUGCCCGUUCUGUGUGUCUGUGUGUGCCCUUUCUGUGUGUCUGUGUGUGCCCUUUCUGUGUGUCUGUGUGUGCCCUUUCUGUGUGCCCGUUCUGUGUGUCUGUGUGUGCCCUUUCUGUGUGUCUGUGUGUGCCCUUUCUGUGUGCCCUUUCUGUGUGUCUGUGUGUGCCCUUUCUGUGUGUCUGUGUGUGCCCUUUCUGUGUGUCUGUGUGUGCCCUUUCUGUGUGUCUGUGUGUGUGCCCUUUCUGUGUGUCUGUGUGUGUGCCCUUUCUGUGUGUCUGUGUGUGUGCCCUUUCUGUGUGUCUGUGUGUGUGCCCUUUCUGUGUGUCUGUGUGUGUGCCCUUUCUGUGUGUGUGUGUCUGUGUGCCCUUUCUGUGUGUCUGUGUGCCCUUUCUGUGUGUCUGUGUGUCUGUGUUUUUAUGAAGUUGGACGUUCAUAAGACAAAUGAACAACUUUUAUAGGCUGAGUUUUAAAAAGGUUUGUCUCACAGAACAGCUUUGUAUGACUGUUCCCUCUGUCCUGUUUGGUUUGUGUUAUGUGGUAAAACGCACAGUAAACACCCACAGUGGUGUGACCAACAGAGUUAAACUAAAAGGGAUGACAUUAAGCUUCUGGUAUUAGCUACCAUUUUGUGGCUGAAUUUGAUGAUGGUGUUUAUGCGUAUAAUACUUUUUAAUUUUUUUUGCGUUGUGUAGUUCUACCUGGCAUAUCAUGUCAAACGACUUUAGUAGUAUUCAGCAUCUCAAUCCAAAUAUUAUUCUGAUCAAUAUUGUAUAGAACUAAUACGGUUGUACUGUAUAGCACUUUGGAAUAUCAUGGCUUUAUUUUGAUGUUUGAACAAUCAUUCUUAUCCAACAAGUCAAACACUAAGGAUAACAUAUAGGCAGGUAAUAAUGCCAAAUACUGUACACACUGUCUGUUACCAUUAGGAACCAGAUGCUUGUAACUGUGGUUUAGGGCUAUCAAGGAAUUAUUUGUUUUUCAAUUGUUGCCUAAUAAGGCAGUGAAACAUUGGUGAAAAUCUAUUGUUGCCACUUUUUUAAAAUUGUAUUUAUCACAUUUUUGUGUUCUAAAAUCAAUAGUUUUUUCUGUAUAUAUGCAAGAGGAAGAUUACUGUAAUGUUUUUUUUACCACCCAUACCAGAAAUAUAUGGCCAAAUGCAUCUAUAUACAUGGGUAUGCUGUAAAAUAUGACAGUUGGAUUCUAAAACAUUUAGAUUCUGAAUCAUGUCAAACCUGUGUACUACUACUGUUAAUAGGAUGUUAGUGAAGCAAUAAGGCUAUAGCCUUACACUUACAGCACUGGUUCAUUUGUGUUGUCGCGAUCUUAUAACAAGAUGUCAUCGUGUUGAUCAUUGCAAGCGGAUAUUGAUUUCGGCCUUACCUAAUUCUGUGUCUUCUGUGUGGUACUGUCUCCCGUUCAACCCUGGUUCUUUGUCUGAAAUGUAACUACACUGAACAAAAGUGUAAACGCAACAUUUUCAAAGAUUUUAGUUCAUAUAAGGAAAUCAGUCAAUUGAAAUGCAUUCAUUAGGCCCUACUCUAUGGAUUUCACAUGACUGGGAAUACAGAUGUGCGUCUGUUGGUCACAGAUACCUUAAAAAAAGGUAGGGGUGUGGAUCAGAAAAGCAGUCAGUAUCUGGUGUGACCACCAUUUGCCUCAGGCAGUGUGACACAUCUCCUUCACAUAGAGUUGAUCAGGCUGUUGAUUGUGGCAUGUUGUCCCACUCUGGAUAUUGGUAGGAACUGGAACAUGCUGUCAUACACAUCGAUCCAUAGCAUCCCAAAAAUGCUCAAUGGGUGACCUGUCUGAGUAUGCAGGUCAUGGAGAAACUGGGACAUUUUCAGUUUCCAGAAAUUGUGUACAGAUCUUUCUGACAGGGGCUGUGUAUUUUCAUGCUGAAACAUGAGGUGAUGGUGGCGGAUGAAUGGCACAACAAUGAGCCGCAGGAUCUCUGUGCAUUCAAAUUGCAAUCAAUAAAAUGCAAUUGUGUUCGUUGUCCAUAGCUUAUGCCUGCCCAUACCAUAACCCACCGCCACCAUGGGGCACUCUGUUCACAACGUUGACAUCAGAAAACCUCUCACCCACACAUCGGCCAUCUACCCGGUACAGUUGAAACAGUGAUUCAACCAUGAUUAGCACCAGUGGGAAUCGAGGGUGCGCCUUUGCCCACUGCAGUCUUUUACGACGCCCAAACUGCAGUCAGGUCAAGACUGAGGGCCACGAGCUGAUGAGCUUUCCUGAGACCAUUUAUGACCAUUUUGUUCAGAAAUUAUUUGGUUGUUCAGACCCGCAAUUUCUUCAGCUGUCCGGUUGGCUGGUCUCAGAUGGUUACGCAGGUGAAGAAGCCGGAUGUGGAGGUCCUGGGCUGGCGUGGUUACACCUGGUCUAACUGGAUGUGGAGGUCCUGGGCUGGCGUGGUUACACCUGGUCUAACCGGAUGUGGAGGUCCUGGGCUGGCGUGGUUACACCUGGUCUGUGCUUGUGAGGCUGGUUGACAAAUUCUCUAAAACGACGUUUAGGCUGCUUAUGGUAGAGAAAUGAACGUUCCAUUCUCUGACAACCGCCCUGGUGGACAUUCCAGCAGUCAGCAUGCCAAUUGCACGCUCCCUCAAAACUUGACUGCACAUUUCAGUGGACUUUUAUUGUCCCCAGCACAAGAUGCACCUUAGUAAUGAUCAUGCUGUUUAAUCAGCUUCUUGAUAUGCCACACCUGUCAGGUGGCUGGAUUAUUUUGGCAAAGGAGAAAUGCUCACUAACACAACAUUUGAGAGAGGGAAGCCUUUUAUGGGUUUGGAACAUUUCUGGGAUAUUUUAUUUCAGCUCAUGAAACAUGGGACCAACAUUUUAUAUGUUGUGUCUUAUAUUUUUGUUCAGUGUACUAAGACAUCUGCCCCCCCCCCCCACACACACAGACACGUGCACUGUCAAGUCUGUCAUCUGUACACCAUACAUACAUUUUGCACAUUUGUGUACACACUUGUCAUGCAUAUUUUUAUACAUGUGUAGCACAUCCAUUAUCUAUUUUGUAAAUAAUAUGAAAACAUAUAUGUACUGAAUGCCUUUUGUGUCAAUAAAAUGUGGUGCAUUGUGAAA